GCAGCGCAGCAGCGGCAACAAGUGCCGGAGGCGACCGGAGCCAGAGCCGUCACCGCCGCCGACAUAGCCGGGGCGCCAGUCCCGGGUGUAGCGCAUGGAGCGUGGGCGGCGGCGGUCGCCGGGCUGAGCCGCGCCGAGCGGCCGGGACGUGGAUGCGGCCGCGCUCUCCCGCCCCCGCCCCGCCGAGCAGGAGCUGCUCCCGGACAAGAUAUGAGAAAUGAGUGUUGGACGUCGCAGAAUAAAGUUGUUGGUUAUCCUGAUGAUGGUAAAUGUCUUCAUUUAUUUGAUUGUGGAAGUCUCCAAAGGCAAUAGCCAAGAAAAAAAUGGAAAGGGGGAAGUAAUAAUACCCAAAGAAAAGUUCUGGAAGAUAUCCAGCCCUCCUGCGGCAUAUUGGAACAGGGAACAAGAAAAGUUGAAUAAGCGCUACAAUCCCAUUUUGAGCAUGUUGGCCAACCAGACGGGGGACGUGUACGGGUUUUCCAAUAUAAGCCAUCUGAACUAUUGUGAACCUGACCUGAGGGUCACGUCAGUAGUCACAGGUUUUAACAAUCUGCCAGACAGAUUUAAAGACUUUCUGCUCUAUUUGAGAUGCCGUAAUUAUUCACUGCUUAUAGAUCAACCAGAUAAGUGUGCAAAGAAACCCUUCUUGUUGCUGGCAAUUAAGUCCCUCACCCCACAUUUCGCUAGAAGGCAAGCCAUUCGUGAAUCUUGGGGCAGAGAAGCCAAUGUGGGGAACCAGACGGUAGUGCGUGUCUUCUUACUGGGCCAGACCCCCCCAGAAGACAACCAUCCAGACCUUUCAGAUCUGCUGAAAUUUGAGAGCGACAAGCACCAAGACAUUCUUAUGUGGAACUACAGAGAUACGUUCUUUAAUUUGUCUCUGAAAGAAGUGCUGUUCCUCAGAUGGGUGAGCACUUCUUGCCCAAAUGCCGAGUAUGUUUUCAAGGGCGACGAUGAUGUCUUCGUGAACACCCAUCACAUCCUGAAUUACUUGAAUAGCUUAUCCAAGAACAAAGCCAAAGAUUUGUUUAUAGGCGAUGUGAUCCACAAUGCUGGGCCUCAUCGGGAUAAAAAACUGAAGUACUACAUUCCAGAAGUUGUUUACUCUGGUGUCUACCCGCCUUAUGCUGGGGGAGGUGGGUUCCUCUACUCCGGCCACCUGGCCCUAAGGCUGUACAAUGUAACUGACCAGGUCCAUCUCUACCCCAUUGAUGAUGUUUAUACUGGAAUGUGCCUUCAGAAACUUGGCCUCGUUCCAGAGAAACACAAAGGCUUCAGAACAUUUGAUAUAGAAGAGAAAAAUAAGAAUAAUAUUUGUUCCUAUGUAGAUCUGAUGUUAGUACAUAGUAGAAAACCCCAAGAAAUGAUUGAUAUUUGGUCUCAGUUACAAAAUGCUCAUUUAAAAUGCUAAAAUAUAUAUUAACUAAAUUUUGCAUAGGAAGACAAAUCGUGGAUAGUUCCCAUGUUGUGUUCGCACAUUAGGGUAAUUUCUAUGCUCACCCAUCAAAAUUGCCUUUAGGUGUCCAUUUGAGGACCUCUAAGUCCUUCAGUUUGUACUUUUCUGAAGAGGGAAAGCAGAAUAUAAUUUCUUAUGGAGGAUAUGGUGGGACAAUUGAUUCUGAUCCUUCCUACUGAUUGGUGGUCAUUCUUUUCUAAUUUGUCCUCCCUUCUCAUCAGAAAUCAUAAGUUUCUGGAAGCUUAACCAUUUUUAAUUAUUUUUGCUGUGCCCUCAUGAUGAUAUUCUUACUUUCCAUUUUAAUUAUUAUUUGUGAUUGAGGUUUUUAUAAACCAAUAGUCUGUAAAGA